GAUACCAUGGAUAUGAUCUGAAAUUGAGGCUGGUGAAUGCCACGGCAAGAGAGCAAGUUUGCUUGACUCAGAUUCUCAAGAGGAAUAUUCACACUCUGAUGAAGAUCAAAGAGUGAGACAGAAAGUGACACACAGACAAUAGGAUGUCCGUGAUUUUAAGCAGUGCUGCGGUCAUGCUGUUUCAGAGGUACUGGUGCCUCACUGUGUACAGGCACGGUCAAAACGAUGGCUGAGGCAGCGGAAAUGUGGGAUAAGAAACACAGAAAUAGCAUCAGGCAGGGAAGAAACUCCACAAGAAAAUACACUGUUGAGAACUGUUGAGGAGGCUGCACAGUCCCACUGGUGCCCAGCCAUCAUCAUCAUUGUUGCCCGAGAGAUGAGUGGGUCAGAAAAAACAUCUGUUAUUUAAUACAAUUCACAAUGGCCUGGUGUCCUCAUAAUGUACAAAUUAGAAGAGAGCAUUUCCUCUCAUCCCAAACUUUGGGUCACACUAAGAUUAUUCUCAUUUCCACGAUACCUUCUUCUCUAACCAUUUUCAAGCUACAGCCACUUGAAAUAGUGAUGUCAGAGUUGACUAUUUCACUGAAAAAAACUCUUGCCGAAGGGUUAAGAUUUGACUUGAGUCAAACAGGCAUUUGUGAGAGUCAGAGGCCUCAUCUAGUUGGUGUUCUACGUCACAUUGUCCUGCAUUCAGGUGCAGGGGUGGGAUGUCCCUCGAGUCCUCUGUGCUACAGAAAGAGCAGCGAUGCCAUCGACUACAUUUGCGAAUGGAACAUGAACGGAAGUGACAAUGUGAAUUUUCGUCUGUCCAUCGAGGAAUUUCAAAAACAGUUUGACCGGAGUCCUGUUGAGAUCGCGGAAGAGGAGAUCAUAUGCCGGCGGCCUGUUAAUAUUUCGGUGGAAGCAUUUGAUGGAAACUCUAGCUGCAGCUCUCCCAUUACAACGGUUGUUCUCAAACAUGUAGUAAAAUUCCCUGCACCACAAAACAUUCGAUUUUCAUGGUCUGGGAACAGUGUCAACCUGACCUGGAUGGCCCCUGAGAAUAGUCCGGCUUCAGCGGAAGUCUGGUACCGACAAUACGGACACCCUGCAGACAUUUGGAAAAAGUUGAACACCACCGUCCAGACACUUGGCCUGGAAGAUGUGCCUUCUUAUCAAGCAUCGCUGGAAAACUUUGCAAAGAAUAUUUCCUACCAGUUGCGGCUCAGACACCAAUCCAGAACUGCGCAAAAGCCACUGUGGAGUGACUGGUCACCUGUUGUGAUAGUUCCUGCAGAGCUCACUCACAAGCCUGUGAUUGUCGUCUCAUCGGUGCUAGAAAAGGACGAGCGAAAGGUGUCAAUUAAAUGGAACCCGAAACAGGCGGCAGCGGCAGCAGUCCAGGGUGUCACGUACGUCUUGUGGGAGACUAUUGGGUGUCCAUGUCAAACGGAGAAAGUUCACAACACCACUCAAGAUUACGUGACCUCCGUGUCCAAGUCAAGCGUCUUCAUCUCGGUCAUUGCCAAAAACACAGCAGGGUCUUCUCCCAGAGCAAUUCAACAAGUCCCAUUGGAUCCUGCACAGCAAUUUGAAAAUUGUUCCGACACUUUCCUGGAAAUAGGACCACGGGCUAAAACAUGUCUUGAAUUGUACCCGAUUCAAAAUGGAGGACUGGAGCAGGAUCAUGCGAUCACCAUCACAAAAAAGACCAUGAAGAUGCGGCAGAGGAUAAAAGAUAACAUACGAUAUCUUUGCGUCCGAUACCGUUGCCGCAGUUACAGACCAGAGGUUCAAGCCUGUGUCGCGUAUCAAAAAGAGGGAGUUCCCCGCAAAGAACCUCAAGACUUUAUUGGUUCCAGUUACUCACAAACUUCAGCAAAUCUGUCAUGGAGGGAAAUACCGAUCGAGGACCAGCAGGGUUUCGUAACGCAUUACCACCUUUGCAGCGUGAAAAUUGGCUCCCAGGAUGAACACACAGAGUGCCACAACAUUUCUGCCUCGCGAAGAUACAUUGGGCCACAAAUGACCCUGGAAUAUCAGCUGAAGAACUUGGUGGCUGGCGAGAAGUACAACAUCAGCGUGGCUGGGGUGACGCGAGGAGGAAAAGGACCGGCGGCGGCAACUGUUAUUCAGACGCUGCCCGACAUUCAGUCCGUGAAUGUGUGGAUUGCCUUGGUGUAUGCAAUACUGAUAAUACUAGCCGUCCUCAUACUUGUCUUCAAAAAGUUUCAGGGCAGAAUACUCCCACCUGUGCCGAAGCCCAUCAUCCAUAAUUUUGACAGAAGGCAAGCAGGAAAUCAGACUAUGUCGGAGAAACUGGAGGCGCCGCUGCAGCAGGAAGAGGAGCAGGUGCACGAGUUCACGUUGCACCAGAAACCGCCAGAAGAUACCCACCUGGGUGUGGUUGAGCAGCUGGCAAUGGAAGAAACGUGGGGUUACACCGACUCCUCGCACGAGACCUGUUCAAACCCAGAAUUAACAGAACUUGAUGACGCAGAGGAGACGAAAUGCGAUCUGGUGGAGGCUCAGCUCACCUCGCUCUUGUACAAGAGGGGGCUAGUGUUCGAUGAAGCCAGAUGACUGUUUGUGUUCUGACGACAAAACCAUCUUGUGUCAUGCGUUUUCUUUGUUUAUUUGUUUUUAUCACGAUAAUUUUCUCUACUUUGUCGCACAGAUGAAGCUGAGGCGCUGUUUGUUUUCAGCAUUAGUUGAUUAGCGGUAACACAUUUUUCUGGGGGAAUAACUGUCCGACUAACUGUUGUCGAUAAACAAUAUUAUUGUCAACAUUAUUUUGAGACCAAAUGAACCAUUAAUGUAAUGAUGUAUAAAAAAAGCACACCGUUUCAAAUGUAAUGUCUUAGUAUUUUACCAUUGUAGUCGAAAUAUCUAAAAUAAAAUAAGAAAAUAAAUGAAAAAA